AUGGCGGGGCCCAUCUUUCCCGCCGAUGCAUGGGCUGGAUCCGGCGUCGUCAAAAGACCCGAAUCCCGUGGAGUCAGAUGCCCGUUACACCGCCCGUUCAGUGCUGCGAGGAUUGAUGCUUCGCGCGGAUGUCGUGGCUUCUGGAGUCGCCCACCGCUCGCGUCAUUGCAACUGCAACAUCUCCGGCCGCGUGAGUCCAGCAUGUUGAAGCCAGGUGGUGGCCCGUGGAUAGGACAACCAAAUGCCGCUGCGGGGAUGUUCCCCGGAUCGACGACGCUUUUGCCGCUGGCGCACCUCAAGCCUGGUGUCCUGGCGGCGACGGUGUCAGCCUCUUGCAAACUGCUUGCUAUCUGCGCCGUUGUGGGCUACCUCAUGGACACCAAGAGGCUGCCAGACUCCACUCCUGAGGUUUUGAGCAAACUGGCGUUCGAACUCCUGAUUCCAAGCCUGCUCUUCACUAAAGUGGUGGCUGCGCUGGCGUUGAAACCAGAGGCGUCUCUCCUCUUCAUACCAGUUUCGGCCGUCGCUCUCAUAGUUGCUGGUCUCUGCCUUGGGUUGCUUGCUGGUGCCAUACUUGAGCGCGGAAUCUUCUUCUUCCGGAAUGCUCCAUUGCUUCGUCCAAUCAUGCCAGCACGAUCAGCACAGACUAUCGCAGCAACGACAGCAGCAGCAUUUGGAAACCCUGCGGCAGCCCAGAUGCUUGUUCAGAAGCCUCAGCUGCCUCCACGGGGCCUGACUGAGAUCCUCAUCGCCGCAUGUGCUUUUGGAAACUCAUUCACACUUCUCCUAAUUUUCAUGCUUACCCUUCUGCCCACAGCCCUAGCAGAUUCUGCGACAGCUUAUGUUGCGUUGUUUCUGCUGGGCUGGUCACCUUGCUUUUGGAGCAUUGGGUUCGCCAUCCUAAACUACAGACCAGGACGUGGCAAGGACAGUGCAGAUUCUCUGCAGGUGACUGCUCCAUUCGACACAUCCUUGGCGCCAGCGGCCAGCCCCAGUGCAGACCGCCUGUACACUAAGGCACGGGCGCCCCUCAAAACUGCACUUGGGGUACCAGAACAGAUAGCAGUUGGUACCACCCCCAGCGCACGCCUGGCGAGCCUCCUCCAGUCCUGCCGUGGUUUUGUCCAAGAGUUUGCAUCCCGGGUCAUGAACCCCCCAUUGGUCGCGAUCCUCGCAGCAGUUGUGGUGGGGCUGUCCCCACUGGGAAGGGUGCUGGCCCUUCCAGCGGACCACCCAGAUGUGGUGCAGUGGUUGGGGAGCGGAUGGGGUGCUGCGGCCACUGGGGGGCUGCUCUUGGGUGGCCUGCGAGUGCUAUGGGGGGCCAUGACGCUGCUGGGGAGUUCAGCAUUGGCCGUGCAGACGAUCGUGCUGGCAGCGUCAAUAGUUCAGAGCAAAAUGCAAGUUCCCAACAAAGGCACCUCGGUAGGGAAUGCAGAAGCGGGCUGGAAGCGGCUGCUUCUGCCUGCAGAUGCCCUCGAGUCACGAGCGUUACUACUCAGCAGUGUCAUUCGCCUCUUCGUGAUGCCACUGGUGGGACUGGGCUUGGUUUCCAGCCUCUCGUCAAUGGGAUUGCUCCCUAAGGACCCCGUCUGCCUACUGGCCAUCCUCCUGCAGAGCGCGAUGCCAUCAGCACAGAAUUUGGUUCUGAUGGCGCAGCUGAGGGACGAGACGCGCCCGCUGGCCCCAACUGCGGCCCGCCUCAUCCUCCAGCAGUACAUUGUCGCCGUCAUCCCCAUCACCAUUUGGGCCGCCAUUUUCGCAACACUCACAGGCGUGCCGCUUCGAUGA